AUGUAUCAGAAGUAUACUCGUCCAUUAGACCACGCAUUAGCCUCUAUUGGGACAAAUAAAGAUACUAUUGUUCUUAAUAUUAACCAUCUUGCAGCAGAUGGAGGAUAUCUUCAUAAUUUAUUUGAAUUUUUAAAGACAGAUGAAGAUAUCAACUACAUCCCUAGUAUUAUUCCAACAGAAAAAGUAUUUGAAAAAGAAAUUAAUGAAUAUAAUGGAUCUCUUCCAUUGUUCCCAGUUGCAGAUCCAUCGUUAACUCGUGCUAUUCCUCAAGAUCAGUUAAAUUACCAUACAGCAUACGGAAUGUUUACUAAUAACAUAUCAAUUGAUGCAAAAACAUUGAUGACCUCUAAAAUUAACGGAAAGAUCAAAAAUUUGACAGAAUAUUAUUGGGCAAGUGUCAUUUUAUCUGUAUCAGCAUUCAACAACAAGCUUGAAAACACCGGAAUUCCAACAUGCAUUAAUUUAAGACAAUACUUAAAUAAAUCAGAUUUCAACAUUGGAAAUUGUUUCUCUCACGUCAUUGUUUCGACACACGUUACAAAAGAUGAUGAUGUUAAAACAUUGAUGGAUAAUCUCCGUCAAGAUUUCAAUAACAAAUACAAGUUAAGAACUCCAAUUGGAGAAUUGAAAUCACUAAAACAAGGCUCGCUUUUCCAAGCUAGUGUUAAAGGAUUAGUUCCAGAUAUUUCACUCAAUGGAACAUUUAAGAUGGAAAAACCAUUCAAAGACAUGCGAAAAAAAACAUUAAAAAAAUUAUUGUUUGUGUAUAUUUCAAUAUUCAACCAUUCAAAUUUUUUUGGACCUUUUUUUCUAUCAAAUCAUAAUCCCAAAACAAUUUGA